CACACACACACACACACACACACCGUGUUUGUUUACCAACUGGAACAACUGGCUCAGUGUGUGGAGGGAGGGAGCGGUGUCUCGAGCUGUCUCCGCCGUGUCCACUCAGUGUUUCACAGCCGCGGACAUGACUCUGUCUCUGGGCUGGCUCUGGGCUCUGGCCGCGGGGCUUUUCUCCGGGCAUGUUUUGCAGAAACUCUGCUUCCCGUACUUUUGGAGGGACCUGUGGUUUCUGCUGAAGGUGGUCCGGUACGGCGUGGGGCUGGAGCUCUCCGCGCUCACCUCCAACGUGUGCACGGUGCUGGAGCGGUUCAUCCAGCAGGCGCAGCGCAUCCCCGACAAGCCGUUUGUCAUCUUCGAGGGAGGCGUCCACACGUACCGGGACAUCGAGCUACGCAGCAACAGGCUCGCCAAUGUGUUCCUCCAGAGAGUCGGGCUGAGGAAGGGAGACUGCAUCGCCCUGCUCAUGAGCAACGAGCCCGACUUCCUGUGCGUGUGGUUCGGGCUGGCGAAGGUCGGCUGCUCGGUGGCUUUCCUCAACACCAACAUCAGGUCCAGGUCUCUGCUGCACUGCUUCAGCUGCUGCGGAGCCAAAACUCUGGUCGUCGGUUCAGAUUUAGUGGACAGUCUGGACGGCAUCCUGCCCAGCCUGCUGGAGGACAACAUCCAGGUGUGGGCCAUGACGAGCCACAGUGAGCACCCACAGAUGCACACUCUGUUGGAUAAGAUCGCUGGCGCCUCGGACCGGCCGGUACCGGCGGAGUUACGCGCCACCACCUCCCUCAAAUCCCCUACCCUCUACAUCUUCACCUCUGGAACAACUGGGCUCCCCAAGGCUGCGGUGAUCACUCACCUGCAGAGCCUGAAGGCAGCAGCAGGGUUCUGGGCAUUUGGAGCAACUCAAGAGGAUGUGAUGUACAUCUGUCUGCCUCUCUACCACAGCGCCGCUUCCUUGAUCGGUAUAGGAGGAACCAUAAAGCUAGGUGCGACCUGCAUCUUGAAGAAGAAGUUCUCGGCCUCCCAGUUCUGGAAGGACUGUAGGAAACAUGACGUUACUGUUUUCCAGUAUAUUGGUGAACUCUGCAGAUACCUCUGCAAUCAGCCCAAGACAGACGAGGAUAAGGUUCACAAGGUGCGGAUGGGAGUCGGGAACGGUCUGCGGCAGGACGUCUGGCGGGAGUUCCACAGUCGCUUUGGGAACAUUCAAAUGUGCGAGGUGUACGGCUCCACCGAGGGAAACCUGUGUUUCAUGAACCAUGUUGGCAAGAUUGGAACCGUGGGCCGCUCUAACUUCUUCUACAGGCUCCUGUUCAAGUAUGAUCUGAUAAAGUAUGACAUGGUGAAAGAUGAACCAGUGACAGAUCAGAAUGGUUUCUGUCAGCGAGUGGAAAGGGGCGAGACGGGGCUUUUGCUGUCCAAGGUGAGCGCCACCAGCCCGUUCUUUGGCUACGCUGGGAGCAAGCAACUGACGGAGAAGAAGCUGAUGAGAAACGUGUUUGUGAAGGGAGACGCCUACUUUAACACGGGCGACCUCAUGGCUGAAGAUCAGGAGGGCUUCAUCUGUUUCAGGGACCGAGUGGGCGACACCUUCAGGUGGAAGGGUGAAAAUGUAGCAACGACAGAGGUAACAGAGACUCUCGGGCUGGUGGAUUUUAUCCAAGAAGUCAAUGUAUACGGAGUGGAAAUACAAGGGCACGAGGGCAGAGCGGGCAUGGCUGCCAUGAUUGUACGACCGGGACACACGUUCGAUGGGAAGAAACUGUUUGAGCAUGUGUUGAGGGAAAUCCCAGCGUACGCUCGUCCACUGUUCAUAAGGCUUCAGGAGGAGAUGGAAAUGACGAGCACCUUCAAGCAGCUAGAAGAUUUACUAGCUACUGCCACGGGGGGUGGGAGGACAGGUAUGUUCUCCCCACACCAAGAGACCCUAAUUGUUGAUAUGGUCCGUGAGAACAAUGCCAUUAAACUGAGUGAAAUUCAGCAGAAGAUCAUUGAGGACCAUGUAAAUUUUGAGGGUAUCAACAGUGUCCGCCUCUCUACUGUUGAUCGUGUCCUCAAGCGCAACAGACUGCGCAUGAAACAGCUAUACAGAGCGCCCUCAGACAGAGUCAAAGAGCAAAGAUUCCAGUGUGGAGGCAUGCCAAGCCUGGAUACGGCAUGCCAGGGUUUUUUCCCCCGUUGCCUGGCCAGACAAAAUGUGGCCUGUGAUGUGGAUGAAGUCCUGUGGCCUGACCCGGUACGGAGCCAUGAUGCUGUGGCUGAGUAA